CGCAUGUGUGGCGUAGUUAACGUGCGCGAGGCGGGUGGUGCAAGAUGUCCGGGCCGGGUCUGGUGGCCGGCGAGGUAGCCGUAGACGCUCUGCCGUAUUUCGACCAAGGCUAUGAGGCGCCAGGCGUGCGGGAAGCGGCCGCGGCGCUGGUGGAAGAGGAGACGCGGCGUUACCGGCCCACCAAGAACUACUUGAGUUACCUGCCUGCGCCGGACUACAGCGCGUUCGAGACUGAAAUAAUGCGGAAUGAGUUUGAACGCCUAGCAGCCCGACAGCCUUUAGAACUGCUGAGCAUGAAAAGGUAUGAACUGCCUGCUCCCUCUUCUGGGCAGAAGAAUGAUAUCACAGCCUGGCAGGAAUGUGUUAAUAAUUCAAUGGCUCAGCUGGAGCAUCAGGCAGUUCGAAUUGAAAACUUGGAGUUGAUGUCUCAGUAUGGCUGCAAUGCCUGGAAAGUAUAUAAUGAGCAUCUAGUUCAUAUGAUUGAACAGGCACAAAAGGAGCUGCAGAGCUUGAGGAAAUACAUUCAGGACCUCAACUGGCAGCGGAAGAAUAUGCAGCUCACUGCUGGUGCUAAACUUCGGGAGAUGGAAUCUACGUGGGUGUCUCUGGUCAGUAAAAAUUAUGAGAUUGAACGAACCAUUGUGCAGCUGGAAAAUGAAAUCUCUCAGAUUAAGCAACAACAUGGAGAAGCAAACAAAGAAAAUAUUCAACAGGACUUCUGAGACUUUGGUUGGUGUUUUGUUGCCAACAGAGAAAACCUGCUUGAAAUAAAUACAUGCUUUAGAUAUUAAAUGUCUCUAAUGAAGGUAAAUCUCUGUGUUAGCUGUUCCUUGGUCUUUACAAAACUGACUAUAGGAAGAGAAUUAUUCCCUGGAAGAGUUAAAACUGGACUUAGUUUCUCCAUCUUCUGGCAUGAACAAGUCAAGUUUUUUUGGAAGAGCCUUGUUUACUUGUUGGAUUUUUUAAAAAAUCUGAAAAUAAACAUUUUGUAAUUUCA